AUGUUAAUGAAAUCUGACACGGGGAAUGCUAACUCUUUUGCAGUGCCCCAUCUCUUCACUGCCGGCAUUGCUCAUUUCUAUGAGGGUUACUAUGCUAGCAAAGGAAUCAAUAUCGUGAAGGGUACUGUCGCUAGUGGUUUUGAUGCUGAUGCCAAUGGAGAUGUUAGUGUGGUGAAGCUGAAGGAUGGAAGAGUACUCGAUGCCAACAUCGUCAUCGUUGGAGUCGGUGGCAGGCCGCUGACAGGCCUCUUCAAAGGCCAAGUUGAAGAGGAGAAGGGUGGACUCAAGACUGACACAUUCUUCGAAACAAGCGUCGCUGGUGUAUAUGCCAUCGGUGAUGUGGCGACUUUCCCCAUGAAGCUAUACAACGAGCCGAGGAGAGUGGAGCACGUCGACCAUGCUCGGAAAUCAGCAGAGCAGGCAGUAAAGGUAAGCAAUCCUUGUUAGGCCCCAUUCACAAACCCGAUAGUAUUCAACUGUUUGUGCUUUUUGAACUUAUUUUAAUCAUGGUUUGUGUCAAUGCACUGUAAUGUUGUGCCAUACUUACAUCUCUCAGUGGUUAAUAUGUCCAACUUUAUUCCUGGCCAGAAGAAGGAUUUGUAUGUGAA